GGUACAUGCAUCAUUAGAUUCUUAGGCUGCAAUUUCACAGAGCAAAGCAACUGAUACCCAAGGUUUUGAGUUGUCUCUUGAAGCAAGAGCUCAAGUAGAUCUCAAAUUUACCUAUGUAGUUACCUGCCAAAUAUAUGGGAAACAGAAAGAGAAUCAAAAGCCUGAGGCUGCGGAUAUUGCAUUACUAAUGCAAAGAAAUGAAGCACUUCGAGUUGCUUUCAUUGAUGAGGUUGAGACAUUGAUUGAUGGAAAAGUGCACGAAGAAUAAUUCUUGAAACUUGUGAAGGCUGACAUCAAUGGGAAAGAUAAGGUUUGUCCUUUUAUUACUAUUUUUUGUUAUUACUCCGAGUUCUUUUACUUGACUAGGUGCCCAUCUUUGUUGUUUUCUGUAAACAAAUUUAAAAGAGCUUGCAUUUCUUCUGUUUUUGACAAAUUCAGAAGAACUUGCAAGGUGCGUUACUUUGCCACUCUACGCAUGGUUUUUAUGUUGUCCACUAUUUGACCUUGGAAAGGGGUGACCGGAGUAAGCGAUGAUGCAUCACGCCGACAGAUCUGAGAUUUAAUGGAUAAAAUGGAACUAGAGAGGAACAAAGUUGAUGCUGCUAAGUUUGCUCCUUUUUGGAAUGAGAUUAUAAGGAAUUUGAGGGAAGAAGACUACAUUAAUAGUUUGGAAAUGGAGUUGCUUUUAAUGCCUAAAAAUUCAGGGAUAAUAGACAAUAUUCCCUUGGUUCAAUGGCCUCUGUUCCUUCUAGCAAGCAAGGUUGCUAUCAAAAAUUAUAAUACUUGUUUUGUUUCUAUGCUAGUUAAGUAUGCACAUAUUGUUAUUUCUCUUCCUGGUAUGUAUGUCUUUUGCCUCUUGCACAGAUAUUUCUUGCUAAAGGAUACUGCUAUUGAGGGUAAAGAGCCCAGACUUUCGCAAGAGGAGCUAUGGGACAGGAUUUUAAGGGACGAUUACAUGAAAUAUACUGUUCAAGAGUGUUAUUAUACCCUCAAGUUAGUCCUCACACCUGUGUUCGAUACUGAGGGUAAGAAGUGGGUUGAGAGAAUAUAUGACGAGAUUCAGAGAAGCAUAGCUAAUAGGAGCAUACUUGUUGAUAUUGAAUUGAAUAUGCUACCACUAAGGAUUCAGAAAGUUACUGCACUGUUGGGAAUACUGGGCUUCAUCCCUCCACCGGACCGGAUCGAGAUCUGUUCGGCCGCCACGGAGGACCUCACAUCCACACUCAUGCUCGAACUGGGCUCGGCGGCCAUGCGCGUACCGGAGCUGGUGGAGCGCUUGGAGUGGUACGUGACGACGGAUAUGGUCAAGGGCAAAGAGGAGCUUCAAAGGCUACAGGGGCACGUGGCCGACCUAGAGGGGAAGCUCGUCGAGGCGGAGGAGCGGGCUCGGGCUUCGGAGCAGGCUCGUAUCGCUGCUGAGGAGAAGGCACGCCGCCUCGAGGAGGAAAGCGAGCACGCGAUCGAGGCCUUCCAGACCUCCCCCGCGUUCGAGGAGGCGGCUCUCUCCCGCAUGGACGAUCUCUUGAAGAUCUGGGCUCAAACUCAUGAUGGCAAGCGCCUUCUCAUUAAAGAGGGGCAGGCCAACUACUCCUUGGGCUUGCACCGGGCUCAAGAAGUCUUGCUAGAGCGGAUCAGAGAUGGAAAGGAACUCCCAAAGCCGUGCGAGAACCCUGAGGAGUUUGACUCCUCUAUUUACUACUCCAAGGAUGAGGACGCCGCUGGCGGGGGUGAGGACACCGCCGGUAACUGAACGCGGCUGGGCCCAUUGCUGAACUCCUCCCUUCUUCUUUUUCAAUGUAAUGUUUUCAUGUUUGAACGAUGUGCUUUGUAUUGCGCGACUACUAUCUCUGAUCCUUCAUGAUUUGUGAUGCCUUUGUUGUUUCGCUUUGAUCCUUAAAUGCUUAUUCCCGAGUGAAUGUUGGUGAAUAAAUGUCGGUUUUGCCG